AUGGCAUUGACUUUCGGACAUUCUGGUCCAAAAUCUGGUCUUCUCGUGUACAUGGGUGAUCUUAUUUGUUGUUCAUCUACAUGGAAGGGUCAUAUCUCUCUUUUGGAUAUUACCUUUCAAGCGCUACAAGCCGCAGUGAAGUCGGUAGCGAAACGCUGGGGUCCGAAACAUGAUGAAGCAUUUGCCGAAGUGAAACGAUUACUCACCAACGCUCCUGUUUUGCAUUUUCCGGACUUGUCUCAAGAGUUUGUUAUCCACGUAGACGCAUCUGAAGUGGGAGCAAGAGCAUUCCUGGCACAACAGAAUGGCGAUGACGUGAAUAUCUUAGCAUACUCUAGCCAGCGAUUCAACAAAAGCCAACAACACUACCCUGCCACCAUGAAAGAAUGCUAUGCUGUUGUUCUAGCAAUUUAA